AUGUCUCCUGUCUCUGAGGAGGGGAAAGCAGGAGACGCGACCGCGAUCCGCGCGACCGCCACAAAAUUCUUCAACGCCAUCGAAUCCGGCGACAUCGCGACCAUGAAGGGCCUCCUCACGCCCGACGCUGCGAUCUGGCACAACACCGACUGCGCGGUGACGACGCGGGAGCACACGGCCGCGGUCCUGGCCGGCAUGGUCGCGCGCAUCAGCGACAUCCACUACGCGGACCGACGUCUCGACGUGUUCCCGGGGGGCUUCGUGCAGCAGCACGUCCUGGAGGGGAGGAGGAUCCACGACGGCGAAGCGGUGCGGUUGCCGGCCGCACUUAUCGCGCGUGUGGUGGGCGACGGGGACGGCACCAGGUUGAUCAGUAGGAUCGAUGAGUAUUUCGAUUCGGCACAUCAGGCGACGUUUCGCAAGUUUAUCGAAGUCCAGACGCCGAAAUUAUGA